UCCACGAACAGGCAACCGUAUCUGAUCGAACCAUAAAGAGGUCCAACGGUAAUGGGUAAAGCGUCUCGCAUACUUUCAAUCAAGCCAUUUCGUAUCGUGACCAUCGUCGAGUGCGGUUCUACCAAGAUAUUGCGUGCGCACUCGUGGCGCCUUCGAAGCAAAAAACCCAGUUCGGUUUUUGGGGGGAAACGCGAUUGUUUCUCCGACAACAGUGUACAGCUGCUGAAGAUUAAAAGUCAAAGCUCAGAUCAGUGUGUGUGUGUUACAAGAUCAUAGAACCGCAAAAAAACGAAUGUGAACUACCGGCAAAACACGCCUCUAGACUAGAAAAAUUGCAAGUGCAUUGUGUGCCCACUAACUACUCGUCAAUGGAAGCAACCCAGCUCCCCAAGAAAAGACAACGGUGCCGUGUGAAAAUGUUGCUCAAAAACCGACAAUCGUACAGCAUCUGCCGAUUGCGGGGCAGUGCCGGCAGUGUUGUGGCCCACCAUCAGCAGAAGGAAAAGCUUCGGCUCGGGUACAGUGUGCUGCAGGCGUACGGUUACUACCUCGGCUAUGGCGCCAUCGGAUCGCUGUACCACUGUAGACCCCGAGCGGCUGCUGGUGGUGGCGUUCGGGAGCGUUACGUAGCGUUACGCGUGGACGAGGAGGACUUCCCGAUGGCGGACGGCACAAGUGCUGAGUACCGGUGGCAACAGAAUCCGACGCCCCUUCAGCUACGAGCCGUCUCUAGUCCAUCGAUUUCGGAGGCACCGAUUGAAGCGGCACCGGCUGGCAGAGGCAGCCAGCAGGAUGCACGGAAUCCCCACCUAAGUACUGGCGGUGCCAAUGUCCAUCUCAGUCCCACCUCGAAUGUGCAUCAAUCAUCAGCAUCAUCAUCAUCCUCGCAUCAGAAGACUGUCCAAACCAAAGUGUCCAGCAGCAGCGGCGGUGCCACACAUCAUCCAGUGCAAGCUUCCGAAAGCGUACUGCAAAAGUUCCGCAAAACGUUCUCACAUUUUAAAACCUCGAAAACGGUCGCCGCCCAACCGGUGACCCUUGCCACAACCGAACAGCACAACAGUGGCACGAUGAGUGUGGAUGACAAGCAGCAGCAGCAGCAGCAACACCAUCACCACCGGUUCGGACCACUGAUCUGGCGAUCGAGUAAGGAGCGCCGCAAGACCAAGUCCCAUCGGCGGGACAAAUGCAACAGCGGCGAUUCGGGCAUCCAGGUCGAGCUGGACAAUGAUGCGGAUCAGCAUCUACUGCUGCAGCAACUUCACCCGCUCGAGCAUCACCCGGAAGGUGUUCCGGACGGUGUGCGCAAUGGGGAGGUAUCACCCCACACACAGUAUACGGCCGGCGUACCGGUACGGAGGGCCAACUCAGCGAAAGUGUCCACCAGCAGCAGCACCACCAGCUCGUCCAUCCUGAAGCACAAACUAUCGCUCAAGGGCAAGGACAAAGAGAACGUCACCAACAUAUCAAGGCUGAGCGGCAAAUCGCUAAGCCAACCGUCCGGUCUGGACUGCAUCGUUGCGUCCGGUGAUGACUGCGAAGUGGACGGAAGGCGUCGACGGCGAAGACAGCACACCCGAACCUCCACCACGAUACCAACCGAGCUGGACGUUAGUGAUAGCGAAAGCAUCUCGUCCCACCCGGACGAAGAUGAGGCGGUAGCGGUAGAGGACGAACUGCUUGUCGAGCCCGUGUUUGCCGAGGUGUUGUUUUCGUUCCGGCCCGGUGGUCCCCAGGAGCUUGGUCUCGAGAAAGGUGCUCUGGUGGAGGUGUUGAAGCGAGAGGCAGGGCCGUGGUGGUGGGGUCGUCUAAAAUCGGACGCAAUCGUGACGACGCCCGCCGGUGUUGACGGUGAACGGAAACCGUCGGACUGCGGUUGGUUCCCGAAGGACUUUGUGAAGAUUGUGCCAACGUACGCCAAACCGAAGCAGAUACUCAUCAUUAGCAACAGUGAGACGACGAGCAAGCAGACGGCACCGUCCUCUCAUUCGCACGGUGCUUGUGAGGACGAUGACGGAGGCAGCAGUGCUUCCACGCUGAUCGAAGGUGGCAACUGUGAUAGUAGUACCCGACUGAUGGGCGGACUGUCGGUGGCGAGCGAUGGGUCGCCGGUAGCUUCCACCGGUACGCCACCGGACGCUGGUGUCGCUAGUCAUCUGGACCUAACGAAGGAGAACAUCAUCAAGGAGCUGCUCGAAACGGAGAUCAACUACGUGAAGCUGCUCAAUUCGCUUUGUUUGGGCUUCAUUAAACCGUUGCGCGAACGAGAAGACGUCUUUUCGGUGGAAAGUGUAAAUUUGAUAUUUUCCAACCUGGAAAAGAUCUGGCGAUUCCAGCAAACCUUUCUCGACGCGUUACGUCUCGCUGUGCCAAACAAUCGGAUCGGUGAAGUGUUCCUGGAGUAUCAAUCGGCGUUUAUGGUGUACUCGUCCUACUGCAACUCGUACCCCCGUGCACUGAUGGAGCUGGAGAACUAUGCCAACAAUAAGGAAGCGAAUCAAAUACUGGAAAACUGUCGUAUGGCGGAGAAUCUACCAGAGUUACCACUGUCGGCGCAUCUACUGGCCCCGAUACAACGGAUAUGUCGUUACCCGCUACAUCUCAGCGAACUAGUCAAACACUCGCUCACCCGGAAGGAGCUGCUGCCAACGCUGAACCUGCGCAAGUGUACCAAAUCCGAGCUGGAAACGAUGGACUGCCGGGAGGUGUUCGAGAUGGCCCUGUCGGCGAUGCGGCGCGUCACGGAGAUGGUGAAUGAAGGUAAACGGCACAGCGAGUAUCUGUCCCGCAUCCAGGCACGGUUCGAAAACUUCCAAGGCCCGUCGAUCAACGUGCACAGUACCCGGCUGUUUCUGCAAACGGACGCGAUCCGGAUGUCCCCGAACCUGUGGAACAACACGUACACCCUGUUCCUGUUCGACCGGCAGCUCAUCUACUGCAAGAAGGAUCUGCUCAAGCGCACCAACUACAUCUACAAGGGCCGCAUCUUUCUCGACAACUGUCGCAUCCUGAACCUUCCGGAUGGGAAAAUGUUCGGCGUGACGCUGAAGAACGCGCUGCGGCUGUACUGUGACACCCGGAACAAGUGGUUCGAUUUCUGCUUUCGCAGCAGCAGCAGCAAGCUGCGCUUCCUGAACACACUCUCGUCCGAACGGCAGUUCUGCGGGGAAAGUUUGUUCGUGUCCGAGCUGGACGGCGGUGCGGCGUCCUGCUUUGACGACGACAAUCUUUCCGAUCGUGAAUACUUCCCGUACGUGGAUUUGGAUGGCAAGGAGGGGGCGGAUAGUGGAGACCAGAAUCUGUACGAUAUGGUGGAUGGGGGCAGUGGUGGUGGUUUCCGGCCAUCGGUAGCAAGCAGCGUUUCGUCCAUGUCGACCAGUUCGCAGUACGCGAAAGAAUCUCUCAGCAAGCCGACCAUGAUGCCACCGUCGCUGGUGCCGCCGUCUGCCGUCGGUAGUGGGUCCGUUGGUGGUGGUAAUACGCUUCCGAAAAAGUCUCGAAAAAUGCCCAAAGAUGCAUCGCUCCAGCAGCAGCAGCAGCAGCAGCAGCAACAGGUGCUAGCUAGCUCCGACUACGGUUCGAAUUCGCUCGGGCGCCGCAAGCUGGGAAACUGGUUCCGGAAAGCGAAAAGCACCAACAGUACACCGUCGCAAAGCCCAACGCACCAUCCGAUGGCGAUGUCGCUUGCCUCGAUCGGCAACAACAACAACCACUCGGACAGUUCGUCCCAGAGCAGUCUGGUGACCGGGUUCCACCAACAGCGAACGCUCUCCACGCUUGGCACUACCGCCGGUGGCAGUGGCCCAUCCCUAUCCGGACCAGUUGGCAAAGAUGAUGACAAAGAUGAGCUGUUGUUCUAGUGCCAUUCCUUCAAAAUCCUUCAAUCCACUUCUCCAACAAGAUGCAAUUGUUGCCACAAAACAAUCCCCAUCACGACACGGCACAUUUGCGUGCCAGACAGACGCACAGACCAAACCAGUGUUUAGAAUAGUUUUAAACUAACGGCUAGAUCCCCCAUCUUGUUUUGGUACCUUAUAUGAGUAGAGCGUGCUAAAACGGCACCCCCAACCUUAAUGCAUUUUCCUUUCCAGCAAGCUAAUAGUAAUGUAAUUUGCGAUGAAAGUUUGCGCAAGAAAAGCUCCUCCUCAUAACCUUUUCCCACAACUGCUGCCAAUCGAGCCAAAGAGAGAAAGAGAGAGAGAGAGAGAGCAAGCGAAAAGAGAAAAUUAAUCUUAAAACAUAAAAGUAAACAAGAACAGUGUUCAAUUGAGUAGAAAGAAGGAAUGAAAAUGGUUUUAAACACGUGCAAAGAAGGAGGAAAACAAAACGAGUGAACCAAGUAAUGGUGGGGAAUCCGCCAUGUUGGCGGUUCUUUUUACUAAGCCAGCACCACCACCAUCAUCAAAAUGUCGUCAAUUGUUUGCGUUGGUUGUAAUGCGGUACUUCUAUGAGUAAAAUAAUUACUAAUUAUGCAGCUGGCGUCGUGAUCGCCAAGCAAACUGAACAGGGCGCUACAGUUAGUUACUAUUGUGUUAAGCAGUUAAGCAACAACAGCAGGUUUCACUCACAUCAGUAGUGUUAUCUGGUAAGUUUCGCUUUACGGGGCCGCGAAAAAGGGGCAAGUUGUUCUUUGAUUCCGUUAGUUGUUCCACUAUUUUUUGUUUUUAUGUGUGUGUGUUUGUUUGUACUAACUUUACAGAAACUGAUAACAAGCAAUCAAAGCCAGAGUACCCGCCAUUCGGGCGCGGGAAAGGAGGUAGUAAUAGUAGAAGUAUUACAAGCUAAUAAUAAUUACAGACACACACGCUUAACUGGAAAGACAUUUGUUGUCCGCGAUUUUAAACGUACGAGAUGAGAACAGUGUUGAUGAAAGCAAAUAAGGGAAAGCCUAGCUUUUGGGGAUCGCCAAGCACAACUACCGAGCUCCAGGAGUUGGGUGUGCUGAGUAAAACGAAGGCAAUAAUGUAAUGUAUUGCAAUAUAAAGGAACUGAGAAAGGAAUGUACUAGGCGGUGACUAUGGGAAGGGGGGUAGUAGUAGCAAUAGGGUUUGGUUCUGUUUCUUGUCGGUCUUUUGGAGGACGGGCGGAGUGAAUACUGCUUCGUAUAAUCAUAGAAUUAGUGGUUACUGUUACUUUUUAAACCAGCAAUUCUACCACCAAUCCACUAGUUGCUCUGAAGUCUCAGUUAGGUUAGGGUUGUUGUAGUAGUUGUACUCUCUUUUCUACCUGUACCAUGGUGCGGCAGGGAAAAAAAUUAUAUAUUAUUAGUUUGUGAAGGUAUUUAGAUAAAUACAGCCUAGCAGUGGCGAAACAAGCCCUUUGGAGGUCCUAACUAGAAUAAAAGUUGGAGGCCUCUUUCUGUUCAAGUUGGUGCCUCUCAGAUCUAUGGACUGGGCCAGAAUGGGAGGCCAAGUUGAGAUCCUUUACUAGGUCUCUUAUGGAGUUUGGGGUCCUCUAAAUUAUAGAAGCUGCCUGGACCUCACUACUUGCUUACAGGCAGAUACCCCUUGGGACCCUAGCAAGAUCUCUUAACGUGUAGAACAUCUUUUGGCCCCAGUUUAUCGGAACAUAAAGGCUCAAUGGGAUGGUCCUAUUUCCUGUUAUAAAUGUUAGGAAGUGAAAGUCCAAGGAGUAUGCGAGGAUUGAUCGCUAAUCCGCUAUCUUCCAUCGGGAAAUUAUCCAACAACACCAAAAUUUUUGAAAAAUGUGCGAGCAGCCCCCUUUAAGCAGCCUUAAAGAAUGCUUUCACACAACUUCUAGGGACACAAGAAAGGGCCAACGGAUUAUCAAGUUCUCCAUCGAACAGAUCUCUUCAGUUUAUCUGUCAAACUUGAGAAUAGUCUAGAAGGGGAAGUUUAAGUCUCAAACUCACCUAAAAAUGUGGCCAAUUUUUAUUGAAUCUAGUGUUAAAAUGAACGCCACAAUACAUAUCGGAAUUUUGCAGGACCAGGUACUUCCCUGGCUGAAGUCCAGCUAUUCUGAAGCACAAAACAUUAUCCUGAAAAAAGGAUGGAAAAGCCAUGUCUCACUCUUCAAAUCGAACCUAACGAUGACUGUUUGUUAUGAAUGAAGUGUUGGUCUGAAGGGCUCUUUGGCAGUAUUUGACCACAGCCUGUUUGGUUAUAGAAUUUGCCCAGCAUAUAUUAGGGCAUAAGCUUGGCAGAAAUUCUGACAAUGUUCCGAUAGUUUUAGUGAUAACAUCAGAGGACACAUUUGGUAGUAUUUCAGCCUUUCUUCCUGUCGCACCGUGUACAACCAUAUUUUGCGCUUCCACCGUCGUCGUUCAAUGCGAACCAUUUUGUCGAAGGUUGGUCACUUCAUAACAAGACUUAACACAACUACAGAGCUGAGAGUUGCACAAAAACGGCAGAAACGGAAGCAGAAGAAUUAGAAGGCACGGGGCUCUCUGUACUAUUAUACAUAAUAUAUGCUUUAAGGCAAAGCUCACAUACAACACAUUACAGGGUUAUUUAAAAUGGACAAACAAACGAACGCGAAUCCUUGCGAAGGAUCUUGUCACAACAAACUAAACGAUUGGGAGAAUGUGCUGCCGUGCCAUUCUCACCCCUUGGGGAUCAUUUCUUUGCAUUGGCCUGAAGUACAGGAAUAUUAUUACAAACCAGAAACUGACUUAGAAGAAUGCGCUUACCGUGUUGUGUGUUGUUUAAAACUGAAGAAUAGAGAUCGAAUUAAAACCUUAUACAAUUAAGCUAUUUUCUGAAGGCGAGCGAGAAAAUAACCCAACUUUUAGUGAUCGGUGAUCGAUGCAGGAGUAACACUUAAGACGACACGGGAGACAAAUGUUUGUGUGUGUGUGUGUGUACUACUUAUAUUGGAAGCUAAUAUUGGAAGAUCUCCGUAACUUUGUUACACUAACCGUACACACGACACGACCCGUCUUGGUAUUGUGUGCGUACUUUUAAUACAAGCUCAAAACGAAUGUCCUGAAGAUGAAGGAGGAGCAUACUAAAUCGAAAAAACGAACUAAAAAAAAUCAUAAAUUACAUAAAAAUUACACCCGCCAACUCUCGUUUCCGUUUCUGGCUCUCUUAUACAAAUGGUUCGACCUUCUUGUUGCAAUGUGACCAAGAAAAUACGGUACGAUUUGUAUUCUCAAAAACAGCCGAAGUUUCCUUUAUUUGAGGACGUGGAAGUGUAAAUAUAUUUGCCUGAAAAAAGGAGGAAUAAAAUAAAUGUUGCAGAAAGGUCUACAUUGCACCAGAACAAACCAAAAAAACAUCUAACCGAAGCAGUGGCGAAUCUAGACCUGUGGCGGGAAUAACUCUGAGGCUCAGAGGUUCCUUAAACGACGGGAUAUUCCAUUACGAAGUCUCUUAGACCAGGUCAGCUUCUUCCAAUACGACUAUCUGAUGGUCUACGAAGUCCGCUCCUUGGACUGCAAGAGCCCUUACGAAGACUACGAGGUCUCUUGUUAAAUCAAAUCCCAUGGACAACGAGAACUCUGCCAUUACUAUGUCUUUCGGUAGUGGAAACUUAGACAACAAUCUCUUGAACGACUAGGCCUUUCUGAUAACCAGGUCUCUUCGUAGAAAAAAAAACCCCAUGGAGCAAGGAGAUCUAUUCCAUUAUGCGGUCUCUUGCAUAAAAGACCUCUCCGCCCGCCAGGUUUCUUAGAAGACGAAGUCUCUUAUGUUACGAUGUCUCAUGAUAGCUGAAUGAGUCGGACUUAGACAACGAGAACUCUUCAACGAAAACACCUCUUGAUAAACCAGGUCUCCAGGCCCACGAGGCCUUUUCAACUAGGUAUCUUCAUAGACGAAGUUCCUUGAACUUUCGAGACCUCAAGGAGACUUCAAGGAUUCUUGGACGAGGAGGACUCGCUCCAUUCCAUAAUGAAGGUCUGUUAUUGGACGAGGUCCUAUGUUGGUAGCAGAAGUGAUCUAUUAGAAGAAACGUCGUUUCGGAAAGUAAAGGCCUCUUGAAUGUCUAAGGUCCUCGUAUAACGAAGACGCUUGGGCCUGCCCAAAGUUAAAUCCGCCACUGAACUUAAACUGAAGCACAAGUAAAAGAAAAACCACUCCAAAUUAGUAUUGUCACUUGCCGAAACGGAACAUAUCGUUGUAUCGUACGGAUAAACAAAUCCGGAACCAUGCCAAACGACCAUUCAGUUGCAGUACGAUCGAUCAUAGAAUUUAGACGUACAAAUAGCAUUCACAAACACGCACAUUAGCGCACUCCCAGGAGUUGGCCACCGCUCCAUACAUUUAACCCAAGAAGGCGUUGUGUUUUGGAAAGUGCAUAGCAACAAGGAGAUCAGAAUCUAGCCUACUACGUGACGAAGGCAAAUUUGGUGAAUAAAGUUUUUUGUUUGUCCAAUAAAAACAUUACACACUAAUUAACAAACACAGAUUAAGUAAAAGCCUCCCAAAGCGAGCGGAGGGAAGGCGCAAAAAUGCAGAAUGGAAUCUAAAUAAAGGAAUUAAAAUGAAAAAUGAAAAUAAAAACUCACGUUGUCGCCAAA